AUGUGGCUUUUCCGAGUCAUAGGGGAAAGGUUUGGCCGCAGUUCGCCGCAGGGCGGAGGUAGCACGGCGGGCACCGGAUGGAGUGCAACGACGGCAGCGCCCGACCACGGCAGUGCCGGCUCUCGGCACUCGCCAGAAAUUGCAUUGGCGCAGCGGCGCAGCGCGCGGCCGCGGGUGCUGCCCGCCAUGGAGCCCAAGAGCAGGUCGGCGGUGUCUGGGGAGGAGGACGGGCGCGAGACGUGGGGCAAGAAGGUCGACUUCCUGCUCUCCGUCAUCGGGUUCGCCGUCGACCUCGCCAACGUCUGGCGCUUCCCCUACCUCUGCUACAAGAACGGCGGCGGUGCUUUCCUGGUGCCGUACUGUGUGAUGUUGUUCGUGGGCGGCAUCCCGCUGUUCUACAUGGAGCUGGCACUGGGGCAGUUCCACCGCAAGGGCGCCAUCACCUGCUGGGGGCGCAUCGUGCCGCUGCUCAAAGGUAUAGGAUACGCAGUGGUGCUGAUCGCCUUCUACGUGGACUUCUACUACAACGUCAUCAUAGCUUGGGCCCUACGCUACUUCUUCGCCUCCUUCACCAGCCUGCUGCCUUGGACCACUUGUGACAAUGCCUGGAACACUCCCUACUGCCGACCACUGGACCUGAACGCGCUGCCCGAGCACAACUCCAGCCACGCCCUGCCUUUCCGAGAGGACGCCGCAGACUCCAGCAACGGCAGCGCGGCCGUCACCGGCAUUAGGUACACCUCCGCCGCAUCUGAGUACUUCAAUCGCGCCAUUCUAGAACUGCACGAGAGCGGAGGACUGCAUGACCUGGGACAGAUCAAGUGGGACAUCGCGCUCUGCCUGCUCGCUGUGUACUUCAUCUGCUACCUGAGUCUCUGGAAGGGCAUCUCCACGUCAGGCAAGGUGGUGUGGUUCACAGCGCUGUUCCCGUACGCCGUGCUGCUGAUCCUGCUAGUGCGAGGUGUGACGCUGCCAGGGUCAGCCGAGGGCAUCCGCUACUACCUCAGCCCCAACUUCGCAGCUAUCAGAAGCGCCGAGGUGUGGGUUGACGCCGCUACACAAGUGUUUUUCUCUCUCGGUCCUGGUUUUGGUGUCCUUCUCGCUUAUGCAUCAUACAACAAGUACCACAACAAUGUGUACAAGGAUGCUCUGCUCACCAGUCUGAUCAACUCGUGCACAAGCUUCAUAGCAGGUUUUGUUAUCUUCUCAGUCCUAGGAUAUAUGGCUCACGCAUCAGGACGCCCCAUACAGGACGUAGCCACUGAAGGUCCUGGUCUUGUAUUCAUCGUGUACCCAGCUGCCAUCGCCACUAUGCCAGGAUCGAUCUUCUGGGCCCUGAUUUUUUUCAUGAUGUUGCUCACAUUGGGUCUCGAUAGUUCGUUUGGAGGCUCUGAAGCAAUAAUUACUGCACUGAGUGAUGAAUUUCCCCUGAUUGGGAACCACAGAGCAAUUUUUGUAGCCUGCUUGUUCACUUUAUAUUUUAUUGUUGGACUGGCUUCCUGUUCACAGGGAGGAUUUUACUUCUUCCAUCUACUUGAUCGUUAUGCUGCUGGUUAUUCGAUGUUGUUUGCUGUAUUAUUUGAAUCAAUUGCAGUCUCAUGGAUAUAUGGAACACAGAGGUUUUGUGAUGACAUUCGAGAUAUGAUUGGUUUCUCACCAGGACAUUAUUGGAGGAUAUGUUGGAGGUUUAUGGCUCCAGUUUUUCUAAUGUUCAUCAUUGUUUAUGGACUUAUAGACUAUGAACCUCUGACUUAUGAUGACUAUGUGUAUCCAACAUGGGCAAAUGUAUUAGGUUGGUUCAUUGCUGGCUCUAGCAUUUCCAUGAUUCCUGGAAUGGCUGUCUACAAAAUUAUUACUACACCAGGUACCAUUCUCCAGAGACUGAAAUUCCUGACAACUCCAUGGCGAGAUCAGCAGAGGAUGGCAGUCAAUGGCAUACAGAGUGAUCCUACACAAGUAAGGCUCACAUCAAGCCCUGUUGCUGAAAAUGUCUAAUGUCAUAAGCAAACAACACAAAACUGACCAAUAUCUUUGGAAGUUAUAUGAAAAAUACUGUAUUUCACUUUCACUGCAUUCAUGUAAAUGUUACAACCCUCAACUAAAACUCAUUUAACAUGCUCUAAUGCACUUUUACAUCUAAAAUCUGUGAUCUGUCAUAGCUUUGAAUACUUCUGUUACUGGCUUCCAGUCGUUUGCAUAACAUUUUAUUUGAGUCAGAACUUUGAGGAAAUUUAGUAUGUUGAAAUCAGCAUUCAUUCAAAUCAAAUAUGCUAUCAAUCAGAUUAUCUCAUAUCUCAUAUUCAACAAUAUAGCAAGGUUGUUAGCAGUGUAUUAAAGACACUUACAAAAGAGUACUUUUGUCUUUUAUCUAGUUCUUACAAGUAUAAUAAACCCAUAAAUGGUUGUGAUGUCCAGUAGUUUAUCUCCCAUACAUAAUGCUGUAAACAUUUUGUGGUGUAAAGUUUAUAGCAAAAUAAGUAUUAUAUAAUUGCCAGAUUUACACUAUCUUGCCAGUUAGUAAAAAUGUAGCCAGUAACUAUUGAUAGUUAUAGAGACUCAAUAAAGAUCUGAGAACCAAAGAUAGUCAAACAGUGAGUACUUUGUAGAAAAACAAUUUAUCUGCUGUAAUUAAAUAUAUUGGUGUGGAAAGAUCUUUAAAUAUGAGUGUAACAAAGGAAAAUAUUAUGUGUGUACUAACCAGUAUAAAAAUAAAUGUGAUGUACAAACUUUAGGUCUUGCCAAACAGUUAGGUAACUUUAAAACAGUAGCAUAAUAGAGAUUGGAAGAUGAUAUUUUAGUGCACAAUAUACCAUUGCUGUUAGUAGGUAUAAUUUUAGAAACAAAAAUGACACCACAGUAUUAUAAUCAAGUUACUGUAAGUGUGCUGUUAUUGUAGUUGUACAGAAUGUAAAAGGCUAAUUUUUUAACAAAAUGUAAACAGUGUGUGUUUUCAUGUAAAAUAACAUAGAGUGACAAAAUAAAUGCUAAUUUUUUAUAACAAAAAAUGCCUGUGCAGUUCAAAAAUAGCCAGAACAGCCAUUGGAUAUUUUUGAAUGUGUUUACUUGCAACACUUGUUCUCAAAUUUGAUACAGUUUAUUAUGGUGCAAUGGAAGAAAUUAAUAUGUACAUAGUUUGUAUAAAUAUGUACAAGAAAAGGAAAUAUGUAAAGCAAACAUUAGAUGUUGUUGUGAAGUUGGUAGUUAAAUGCUGUAGAAUAGAUUAUCAACCAAAAGAGACUGUAAUACCAGCAGGAUUAACUUAUUUGAUAUCUCAAAUGCUUGUAAGGCAAGUAGUAGUUAUAUUUUUUGCAAUGAUGUGGCUAUACUAUUAGUUAAGAAGUUAUAAGUACAAUAUUUUUAUUUAGACUGAUGUUUUACAUGCAGUAUUUUACAAUGGAAUUGCUCGGAGAAACAGGUAUUUUGAGAAAUACCCAUCACACCAUACAACCAAUAGUAUAGAAACAAUAUAUGUAAUAGAUAAAGCUGUACAGGGAGCAAUAAAUUGUACAAAAAGAUGUUACAGUGUGUAAAAUUUGUUUAAUGAGCUUUUAACGUUCUAUUAGUUGGCAUUUUUCUGUGAAUAGUAUUCAAUAAAUUAUUGGAAGAUGUAACAUGUUUUGUAAAUAAAGAAAAAAUACAAAUUAAUGUUCCACAUAUUUUUUGUCACUCUGGUUCACUGCUGGAAGUACAGGGUGUAAUAAUUAUCUGCUGUCUAUGAUUUUUAAUCAUUUACACAGGCACAAUGUAAAACACUAAUGUACUACCAUUCCAUUCAUUGUUGAUGGAGAAUCAACAUUCAACUACCUAUGUUGAAAAAUAAAUGUC